CCGGCCUUCGGGUGGGCCUGCGGGGAGGAAGCCAGAGCGCACGGCGAGGGCGCAGCCAGCAUGGACUGGGGCACGGAGCUCUGGGAUCAAUUUGACACGAUCGAGCGCCACACGCAGUGGGGCCUGGACCUGGUGGACAAAUACGUCAAGUUUGUGAAAGAGCGGACAGAAAUUGAGCAGGCGUAUGCAAAGCAGCUCAGGAACCUUGUGAAAAAGCAUCUUCCUAAGAGGACUGCACGAGAAGACCCAGAAUCAAAGUUCUGCCAAUACCAGGCCUUCCUUCAGGUGGUGAAGGAGCUGAAUGACUUUGCAGGCCAGCGAGAGGUAGUAGCCGAGAACCUUCUGACGCGGAUCUGUGUGGAGCUUGCCAAGUACUCGCAGGAGCUCAAGCAGGAGAGAAAAUCGCACUUGCAAGAAGGCCGGAGGGCUCAACAGCAGCUCGAGAACUCCUUCAAGCAACUUGAAAAUAGCAAACGCAAGUUUGAACGUGACUGCAGGGAGGCUGAGAAAGCUGUACUGACAGCUGAGAAACUGGACCAGGACAUCAAUGCUACCAAGGCAGACGUGGAGAAGGCAAAGCAGCAAGCCAACCUGCGUAGCCACAUGGCCGAGGAGAGCAAGAAUGAAUAUGCAUCGUGCCUGCAGAAGUUCAACCACAAUCAGAGCCAGUUUUACUUUCUGGAGAUGCCACAGAUUUUCAGUAAGCUACAGGAGAUGGAUGAGCAACGGACCCUGCGUCUCAAGGAUGGCUACAGCGUAUUUUCAGAGACGGAGCAGCAGGUCAUGCCCAUCAUUGGCAAGUGCCUGGAGGGCAUGAAGGCAGCAGCGGACGUGGUUGAUGAGAAGAACGACUCGCAGGUGCUCAUUGAACUGCACAAAUCGGGCUUUGAGAGGCCAGUAGACCUGGAUUUCGAAGACUUCAGCCAGCCCAUCAACCGGACUUCAUCCGAUAGCAGCCUGGGCACCCCCCGUGGCACCCUAGAUGGUCGACUAGACCCCCGAUUACUGGGCAAGAACAAAGGGAAACGCUGGCCCUUCAGCAGGAAGAAUAAGCUCCCUCCCCCUCCCCUCUCCCCCUUAAAUUGCCCCUCCUUCUCGUCUCCCCCUUCCUCAUCUGCCAUCAACGGACCUCCAUCCCCCAAAUUCACCCGUGACCCCCUCUCUUACUGUUUGAACGAGAUCAAUAAGACAGUCAAACCCCGCAUCACGUCCUUCCGCAGCCUCAAACGGGGGACUGUGGUCACGGAAGACUUCAGCCACCUGCCUCCAGAGCAGAGGAGGAAAAAACUACAGCAGAAGAUUGAAGAGAGAAACCGGGAGUUGCAGAAAGAGCUAGAUCAGAGGGAUGCCUUAAAUAAGAUGAAGGAUGUUUACCAGAAGACGCCACAGAUGGGGGACCCCAAUAGCCUUGAGCCAAAGAUCUCAGAGACGCUGAGCAACAUUGAGAGAUUGCGCCUCGAAAUCCAGAAAUGUGAAGCUUGGCUGGCGGAUGCAGAGAACAGAAUGCUGAGUAACCGGCCGGAUUCAGUCGCACGUUACAACCGUCACGUGGAUCAUGCCAGUGCCCUAAACAACAACAAUUGCUCGCAUGAGAAAGACAGCCCUGACACCACCCACUCGGACGAGAGCCAGGACACAUUCAACCAGCCCAUCUACACCGAGUUUGACGAGGACUUUGAAGAGGAGCUGACAUCGCCCAUCGGCACCUGCGUGGCCCUCUAUCAAUUUGAAGGUUCCAGUGAGGGUACGAUCUCCAUGCUGGAGGGUGAAGAGCUCAGCUUGAUGGAAGAGGACAAGGGCGAUGGGUGGACACGUGUACGGCGAAGCAAAGGGGGCGAGGGCUACGUCCCUACCUCCUACCUGCGCGUCAACGUAAACUGAGUGGGGAAUUGGAGGUGGCGUCCUAGGAACUGCACCACCUUGGAGAUUACAGUGCAACGUCAGGGCCUGCGCAUAAGAGGUGCGGCGAUUCAGUUGACCCACGAGAACUGCGUGAUGCCCGCUGUGCACGGGACCCGUCAAAGAAGGAAUCUCACGCCAAAUCGCUACUGCAGAGCUGUGGGAGACGAGCAUCAACUUCAUGUGGACUAUAAAAUGAUGGCUUAUAACCCUACUCAGAACAAGCUAUUGGAUAAGGGGGGGGGGGGCUGACCUCAUGCUCAUGCACCCACCGAUUUCCACCCAACCCAACCCAACGCCUUCAAGGCAAGCAUAGCUACCAUAUAGUCCUGCAAAUGUUCCAUAGCAGGAGGAAUUAAUGAGUGUCGCCCCAUUUCUCCUUUGGCAAUAGUUACAAUUUUGCAUGGAGGAGAGACCUCAUUUCCUGGCUCUUCCCGGGCGAACCACUCACGGCAUAGGAGAUUUGCGUGGUGCCUGUGCAUGGCUUCCCUUCUCCCAGAUGCACUAGCAGAAAGGGUUUGGCUCCUCUUUGCGGUGUGCUGCUAGGCUGGCUAGAGCAGAGCGAUCUUCUCUAGAUACGGUAGCUGCUUUAUCCUGCGUCUGUACUUAGAGGGCUGUGGGUGGGGCCUUCUGAGACUUGGGGGGGCUUACAACAAGGGCAAAGUGGGCCUACAGCUUACAGCCUCGGGUCUGCUGCUACGCAUGCCUUUGGGCUUUCCUUUUGGGGGCUGGGGCGGGGUGGGGGGGAGACAAAAUGAGAAGUUGCUACUUUGGUUAGGUGUGAGCACCACCUGUAGGACCUCUGCUCAGAGGGCAGGCCAAAUGCCACACUAGCAGCAAACCAGCAUUCAAACACUCCUUGAAAUGCACUUUAUUGUCCUGGAUUGGCCUGGCCCAUUCAGCCAUUCAGAAGUGCCUGCUCCUUUGCUGUCAGGAGAAUUCGGGUGUCCUGGCCUCCUCCUCACCCAUACCCAGCUCUGUGUACAUGUGUGUGUGUGUGUGUGGUUCUUUUUUUAAAAAAAAGAGGACUCUAAUGCAGUGGUUCCCAAACUUUUUCAGGUCACCGCCCCCUUGGUUCCACAAACUCAUGCCCAGCGCCCCCCUACCCUACACUAUAAAAAUCAUUAUUCAGAAUAGUGGUUUUCAAUGACCCACCAAGGAAGAUAAUAAUAAAAUUCAAAACAGUAUCAAUUAAUUGAAUACUUUAUUCAAAAUCCAAUUGGUGUGCCCUGCCAUGCUGGCUGCAAACAGAGGCGUUAGCUCUCUUUUUCCUCCCUCCCUCCCUCGGCAAGCCUGGGGUGGGUGCUUCCCAUUUAGAGGGGAUUCUAGGAGUUGAAGGACUUUUUUCUGUCUAAACAUGCAUAAAAUUGUGCCUUUAACUUAUGUCAC